UUUACAUGAUAUAUCUUCAAAGCAACUUCCAUGGUGUUCCUUAACAAUCAUCCUAUAUAACUUGGGGCAGAGAGCGUUAUAGUGAUGGCUCCUUUCUCCAUGCGAGGUCGUCUUCACAAGAAUCACAACAUGCCGAUCACCAAGAAACGCUUGAAAUCGCAAACAAAAACGAAAAAGAAUGGGAUGAAGGGCAUGCAGGAAAGGUUUAAGAGAUUGAAAGCAGAGAUGGAAGGGAUCAGCGAGGAACAGAAGGGUAUUCGAGAAGGGCAGAGACAAGUUCGUGAAAAAUUUGAAGCAAUUGAAUCUGAGUGCGAGCAGUUGAAGAAAGAAACCAACUUCAUAAUCCAACAAAGUGCUAGAACUCAGAUGAAAUUAGUUCUCAUGUUCAGAAUAUUGAAGGCAAGGGAAGAGAGCGACUUUGCCACCGCUGCCAACCUUACUCAGUUGCUUGGUCAAAUUGUCGCUAAGGAGAAGGAAGAAAGGCAAGCACUGGGUGAUGCAUGAACAAAAGUUAUAAACUUCCUCACGAUCUGCUGGGUGAGAUUUUAAUUAAUCUGGUUUCUCCUGUCUUGGACAGUUGUUGUUUGUUAAUUAUUAUACCACCUCCUCCUUGCUUUCUCUAUAAUCUCUACUUAUGGUUUUAAACUUUUCUUCUAUUAUAUGGUUUAAAGUAGUUCUUUAAGAGAAGUUAAAGCCCACUGAUUCAAUAUUUGCUUUGUUGCUAAGGAAUAAGUACAUAAAGUAUUAAUAGUUUGUACGGGUUGAUGGACAUUGAAUUAAUAUGUAUUAAUAGUUUGUACACAUCCAGUAUUUCCCGGUUAGCUGAGGUUGCUUCCCCUUGAA